GGAUGGAUCGGAUCGGAUAAGGUGUACGCUUAUAAAUUCGCCAUCAAGCUUGCUCUGAUUCAGACCUGUCAUAGUUUCAGAGUCAAGCACACAACCCGCUGGGCGCUGGUCUUGUCUACAAUGGAAAAUAUCCGUCUAUUGGGCAUUGCGCUGCUGAUUGUCGGCCUCUCGGCCUAUCCUCAGUCCAGCAACGAGCUGGGAGUCGGAAACCCCUGGCUGGCGUCGCCGCAGCAACAGCCGGAAAGUGGGGGCACAACAACGACUCCACAACCCACUACCCAGUCCCCGCAGUACCUGGCCUGCUUGCAGUCGUGUCCGGCGACCAGCGAGUACAAUCCCAUCUGUGGCAGCGACAACGUGAACUACUACAAUGGAGGGAAAUUCGACUGCGCCGUAAGAUGUGGUCAGAAUAUCCGACGGAUACAUUUGGGAGCUUGUCGGAAUACAUAGAAGCCCCACCAGCCCCCCGGUUCCCUGCCCAGAUGAGGCGAGAAUAGAUGUGGCUGGAUAUAACCCUCAAAAUGUAAUUUUGCAGCUUGCUACGAGUAAUAAAACAGUCGAUCCAUCAGUGUCGUAAGCAUAUAAAAACGUAAUAAAAUCUCGCGCUUGUAUCUGUGGCAUGUGAAAGGCCGACCCCAA